AUGCAGUCGUCGAAAGCUGCAAUUGACCCGCUAUGGCAAUGCCUGUGUCCCUCGUGGUCACCAGCAACUCUCGCCCGAGCCUCGCGCUUCCUGACCCGCCCCACGGUAACGACGAGACCAUGUCUUCAGAUUCGCAAGCCUCUGUCAAGGAAUCGCUACUACAACCGACCAACAACUCAAGCCCCUAUCAAUGCUGCUGAUAAACAUGAUGUUGCGAAAUACAUCCCUCCAGCAAGAUCCAAGAAGCGCCAGCUAAACGAGCUGGCGAACACUACCAUCGAAGAGCCAACAAUCCACUUCGACCAGGAGACAGUUCCUUUCUUAUACGGACGACUCCAUACCAGUGCCGUCUAUGGCCAAACGAAGCUAUGCCGAUCGAUCGCAGAGUAUCUGGUGAAAGAGAGGAAAGAAAAGCCAAGUGCACAAUUGUACAAUGCUCUCAUACUGAGCAAUACACACAACACGUUCGGCGCGGCAUGGCGUGCGGCAGAAUACCUGGAAGAGAUGCAGGCAGAGGGAUUGAUGCCGGACGUCAGCACUUGUCAUGCUGUGUUGAAAGUGUUGUCAAUACACGUCGAUCAUUUGCUGAGGACCGAUAUUCUGAACUAUAUGCAACAAAGGUGGUUUCAACUGUCUGAUGAAGGGGCACACGAUGUGGCUGUGGGACUGCUAAGGGAGGGGUUAUUUGAGCAGGCACUUCAACGGCUGGAUGAGAUGAGAGGGACGAUGAACGUUGACAGCUGGCUCUGGGAUAUGGCCGUCUACAUGCUCUGCGACGCUGGCGAGAUCGACGAAGCCUACCGAAUAAUGCGGACGCGUUAUGAUUCGAACGAGCAGACCGUCAGCCGCACACUGUGGUCGUACUUUCUGGACAAGGCCAGCGAUUGUCGGCAUUACGACGCGACUACCCUCGUAUGGAGUAGCCAUGUAAACCAGGGCUAUCUCAACCCUUCAUCGGGGGUAUGUCUGAACGUCCUCGCGACGGCUGCGCGUGUUGGCGACGCAGUGCUAGCCACAGAAGUCUUCGCCCACCUCAGCAAACGAGGAACCGCAUUCCAACCCAUCCACUACGAACUCCUGAUCCAGACUUAUCUCAGCACCGAUCCUCCCGAUCUCGAACGAGCCAUCAGCAUCCUUACAAUCAUGCCCAUGGAGAAACUAGAACCCACCGUCACAGAAACCCGGCCCCUCUUCCUCUACCUCCGCGACAAGCCGGAACUCGCCAAAUCAGCCCUCGCAACCCUCCGCUCCCUGCAUGAGCAAGACCGCAAGAUGCCCAUCGCGGUCCUCAACCUCCUCAUCGAAUGCCACGUCGAACAGCGAAACCUCGCCGAAGCAAUGAAGCUCUACAAGCUCAUCCACACCUUCGCGCCCAUCAGUCAAGGCGCCCAGAAAUCCUUCGCCAACAUCGACACUUUCAACCUGCUUCUCAAGGGCUGCCGCGUCGCAAACCCACCAGAUGACCAACAAGCCUCUUUCCUCGUCUCGGAACUCCUAGCGCUCCGCAUCGUCCCAACAUCGCUCACCUACGACCGGCUCAUCCUCGUCUUCACCGAAGCCGCAAAACAUGCAGCCCCUGGGCUGGAUCCCUCGAUUCGGCACAUUGGAAAUGCUCGCGGUGGCACUGGCCAAAGCUCACGAUGA